AUGGGACGUCCCCACCUCGCACCCACCAACAGGUGUGUCCACGAGCCCAUUCUCUGCCACCUUCAACCUCUGCCCUCCUCCCACAGCAAAUACUUUGCGGGCCAGGAGAGCCAGAUGAAGCUCAUCUACCGCGGGCAGCUGCUGCAGGACCAGGCGCGGACACUGCGCUCGCUCCGCAUCACGGACAACUGUGUCAUCCACUGCCACCGCUCCCGGGGAGCCACCACGGCCACCCCCGCCCUGCCCGACCCUGUCCCCGCCGGCCCCGCGGCCCCGGGGCUGCCCCUGGGCGGGGGGACCCUCAUGGUCCCCACGGUCAUGGUGGUGCUGGCGCUCGGGUGGUAUUUCCGCGUCAACUACCGGCAGCUCUUCACCACCCCGGCCACCGUGUCCCUCAUCGGGGUCACCGUCCUGGUCACCUUCCUGGCCUUCGGGCUGUAUGGACAGUCGGGAUGAGGCGGGAAGGAGCUGGGGAGGCACCCCAGUGUCCCUGUCCCCACUGUCCCCAUCCCUGUGGCGUUACAGUGACCAGAGCCAGCACGGCAGGGGCUGUUUGGCCCAGUCUCGCUGCCAGAUUUUAUCCCCCCAAAAAGGGGCUGUGCCCCCCUCCCCCUCAGAACUCCAUUCGUCCCAUUCCCAAUCCCAGCUCUGGGGGAGUGGGACAGCACUGGAAUGGGCCGUGGCUUCUUCCCAAGGUCUUUUUAAAGCAAAUAAAGGGUGUUAAGUCACCCCAGCGCUCACCUUCCCA